GAAAUAAAGCAGCCAUUUUUCGCAGUCCCUUCUUCCCUCAAGCAUACCAUCUCUCUCUCUUUCUCUCUCUUUUCCAUUUCCCACCCAAUCUUUCUGCUGUAGAACAAAGAUCCUCUAUUUGAAGGAAAAAGAAGAAAAACCCAUCAGGAAAAUCUGUAGAAGAAAGCAAUGGCGUAUGUGGAUCAUGCUUUCUCGAUUACGGACGAGGAUAUAAUGAUGGAAACCUCUUAUAGCGUCAACAACAAGCCCCCCAUCAAGGAGAUCGCCCUCGCCGUAGCUCUCCUUGUCUUUGGCGUCCUCGGAAUCGUCUUCGGCAUCAUCAUGGCCAUCAAUCAAGUCGGCGGCGACCGCGCUCACGGGACCUUUUUUGCUAUACUGGGUGGUCUGCUAUUCCUUCCUGGAUUCUACUACACGCGGAUCGCCUACUAUGCAUACAAGGGGUAUAAAGGUUUCUCCUUCGCCAACAUACCUCCUGUCUAGAUAUGUGUGUUUGGUGACUCCAAGCUAUGUACAGAUCUCUCUCCCCUCUCGGCCAUUACUUCACUCUUCUCUUCCAUUUUUGGUUUCUUUGCUGUUAUCUAAUGCUGGUAGCAAUGUGACUGUAAAUCACAAGACUAUUUCCACACGAAUUCAAUUUCUUCCUCUGCAGACAGACAGAUUAAAUUGAAUGUCAUUUAACAUUUGAGCUGUGUACUCGUAUGUUCCAGAUGUCGGAGUUAGAACUUUGUUGGUAAUAAGAUUUGCUUCAUCUCUAGACUCCUGAUCUCAUGAGUGAAACACUUGCUGUAGUUUCCAUCUAUGAGACUGAGUUGUUGACUACAA